UGGAUUCUUGUGAAUAAAGUACUUUAGAUAUAAUUACGUGCGUAUUUUUAUAUCUGGCGUUUCAUAAUUCAUCAAUUUGUAUUCAUAGUUAGUUUUUUUGAUCGGUGCUAAUGUUCGUUAAUGUACACGCAGUGUACACAUAUACACAUACUACAUACAUGCAUGUAAACAAGUGAAGUGUCUUUCUAUUUACAAUACAAUAAGAAAACGGUGCAAUAACGGUAUAAUGAAAUAAUUCGAAUGAACAAAAUGUUCAUAAUUUAUGUGGAAAUUAGUGUUUAAGAUUAAAGAAGAAAAAAACGAAAGAAAGCAGAAGAUUUUAAAAAAAUUUUCGCAUUUCUAAAUCCUAAUACCUUGUCCUGCGUAUAUUAUAUGCAGGAUACACAUAAUUUUAAAAAGAGCGCUUCAAAAUUUACUCGCCGACGACUUUUGACGCCUCUCGGGCGUUUAAGCUCGAGGAGGAUUUCGUAGGGAGCUGUGUGACAAUGUCAAUGUAUUCAACGACGGAUAAAAUGAAAAUGUCUGCUCCUACCUGCUUUCCCGGGCGAUAUAGUCCGACGUAUAGAGGUCCUGAUCAAAUGAGGAGAUGUAUGCCAAAUCCUUCUGCCCGUAUUUUAGAAGAUGCUUCCCUUUUAUGCAAUUCUUGGUCAGCUCGUCAGAACGGUGAUAUUUUUGCUGGAAUAAAUGAUGGAAUUCUCAGCAGAGCGGAAGCCCUUGCGGCGGUGGAUAUGGGUAAACAUCAAGCCACACAUCAUCACAGUCAAAUGCCAGCUCAAAUCAAACACGAUGUUAUGUAUCACCAUCAUAGCAUGGCGGGGCCUCCGCAACGACCCCUACAGAUGCACCAUACGAUGGAUCAAUUGGACAUGUUGGACCCGACAGGACCAAUGACAACGUUAGCGCCGAUGUCAGAUACAUCGUUGACGCCAACUCAUCAACAUUUACAUGGAUCCUACCAUAGUAUGAACCAUAUGAUGAGUCAUCAUCAUCCAGGAGCGCUAGGUGGACAUUCUACGAAUCAUGGACAUUCUACGGUACAUCAUCCUGUUAUAUCGGCGGCGGUUGCAGCCGCUGGACUACACCCCGAUACUGAUACAGAUCCUAGGGAAUUGGAGGCAUUCGCUGAGAGAUUUAAGCAACGACGAAUAAAGUUAGGCGUUACACAGGCAGAUGUAGGUAAAGCUUUAGCGAAUCUAAAAUUACCGGGAGUUGGAGCCCUUUCACAGAGUACAAUAUGUCGAUUCGAAAGUCUCACAUUAUCCCACAAUAAUAUGAUUGCGUUAAAACCCAUACUACAGGCGUGGCUCGAAGAGGCGGAGGCACAAGCGAAAAACAAGCGAAGAGAUCCAGAUGCCCCCAGCGUACUUCCAGCGGGUGAAAAGAAAAGAAAAAGGACUUCCAUUGCGGCGCCUGAGAAACGUUCCCUGGAAGCUUACUUUGCCGUACAACCGAGGCCUUCUGGUGAAAAAAUAGCUGCUAUUGCUGAGAAAUUGGACUUGAAGAAAAACGUGGUGCGGGUCUGGUUCUGCAAUCAAAGGCAAAAACAAAAACGUAUAGUUAGUAGUGUUACUCCUUCAAUGACUGGGCAUGGAUCAGCGGGGUUCGGAUACUGAUAGUCGUUUUUUUCUGGAGACUUUUACCUGUAGAUCUGCCACAUGCAACCAUGAUACACAUUCUAUGAAGAAAAUCUUUGCAAUCAACGAGCAUAGAUACGGAUCAAUCAUUUAUGAAUCGAAUAGGGCUUAUUACAUUCUUUUAUUGAAGAAUCAAUCCCUUGAGACGGAAGGUUUAACUUUUGAGAUGCAAGCUAUAAAUUUUAAAGACGAGAUAUGUGGUAAUUUACUAAAUUGAAGAUCCUGUGGAUAAUUGACGUGGUUCUUAUGCUUCCUUUAAAGUAAUUCAUUAUUAGAAGAAGAGAAAUAUGCAACGAAUUUAGUUGUUGCCAAAAGAAUUAGUUGUAAAUAGAUAAGUAGUUUUGUAUUUACGUAGCAUGAAAUUGAAUAAACAAAUUGUAAAACGAAGAACAUUAUAUGUAAAUAGUUAUAUGUAGAUACUUAGAUACGAGCAUAUAAAUAUAUGAAUAAGAAAAUAUUUAAUUAAAUAUAUUUAAGAGUCUUAAAAGAGUCACUGCAAAAUUAUGCAUUGUACAGCGGAUAAUAAUAGGAAAUGAUGUAAGAAUUCUAUAUACUUAAAUUAUACAUAUUUGUAGUAUGUAUAUAAAGGUUUAUUUUGAAUACACA